GUCAUCUUCGUUAAAUGCACAGUCAUUCCCAUCAGGCACACCCGAUGAGUUAAAAUAGUUGGAUAGUUUCAAGGGUGUUGGCUAAUGGCUGAGUAAUUUUCAAGUUGUCAUCAUCCCGGAGUCCAGCAAAGCGCACCGACAGCAGGAAGUGAGGUGGCUAUUUAAACCAGGAAACUAUGGCAGAUUUCAGUGACAAUGAGGCCGAUUGGGAAGUCACUCGAAUAUUCAUGAGUGAUGAGGAGAUAGUCUUCGUCUUAGCCAAGUGGGAUUACACCGCUAACCAGCAAGAGGAACUCAACAUCCGGAAAAAUGAGCGUCUCACCCUCAUCGACGACACCAAGUCCUGGUGGAAGGUGCGCAAAGCCUCCGGCGAGGCGGGCUAUGUUCCCUCAAACUUUGUCAAGAAGGAAAAAAAGAGUUUCAUGAACAAGCUGCGGGACAAGAUCGUGCCGUCGCGAGACCCGAAGCAGCCCGGAAUGGCUCCGUCACCUUCGCCGUUGCCCCACACCUCGGAGCACGCCUCGCGCGAUAUGGCCGAGUCGGCCGAGUCCCACCAGCUCUCUCUACCUGCCACGGUCAUAUUCAACUACACGGCGUGUCGACCGGACGAGCUUUCGUUGAUCAAAGGCGAAAACCUGACUGUCCUGGAGAAAUCUGGGGACGGGUGGUGGCGGGGGGAGUUCAACGGAGAAAGCGGGUGGUUCCCGUCAAACUAUGUCAACGUAGACGGCGACAGCCUUCCGGCCAGCCAAAAGUCCAGCGUGAGCUCCAAAGGCGACGAGAACGUCUUCGGGGAAGAUUUUAUACACAGCGUCGUCGCGCUGUAUAAAUUCCAGGGACGCAACGACGAGGAACUCAACUUUGAACAAGGAGAGCGGCUGGAGAUCUUGCAGAGACCGGAAGACGAUCCCGAGUGGUGGAAGGCGCGGAACACAAAGGGGGAGAUCGGCCUGGUGCCCAAAAACUAUGUGGAGGAGAUUACGGCGAAUACGCAACCGGCGCCGGUCCCGUACCCGGUUAUCUCCAAUAACGUGGGCUCAGCUCGGGCGGAGAACGGAAACUCGUUGACUCACAAAAUCUGGUUCUGUGGAACCCUGAAACGGGAGGAAAGUGAGAGAACUUUGAUGGAGCUGAACUGUGAAGAUGGAGUGUUCCUGAUCAGAGAAAGCGAAACAACGCUUGGUGGCUACUCGGUAUCCGUCAAGGCUCCGGACAAAAUCAAGCAUUUCAAAGUCCAGCGUCUGGAGGACCAAUACUGCAUCGGUUCCAAACGCUUCGAGAGCUUGGAGGCCUUGAUAGAGCACUACAAGAAAGCCCCGAUCUUCAGUUGUAGCAAGACGAACUUUAAGCUUUACCUCACCAAACCUUACAAGGAGGUCUGCAAUAACGGAGCGGCUCUGUACCCACCGUAAGAUUUGGAAGAACUUGGAGAUGAAGACAUUUAGUGAGAUAUUGAUUAAAAUAGUCGGCUCAUUAAGAAUUUAAAUCAAUUCUCCUCACAUAUCGUUCCAGGGUUGUUCCCAUUCCUGAAAUGGGGAUGGCUUCAUGUUUGCAACCAAUAGUAGGUCUACAGGGUAAGUCAAAAAGAAAGUGACCGAAUUAGAAAAACUAUUUUUAAAAAUAUGUGGCUCUCUGCAUUUCAUUAAAAAUAACAUAGGGAUGAAG